UCACUUCGAGGACAUUUUGAAGCAGUUAUGCAUGCUCACCACUGGAUGGAGCACUUUGUGUGCUUUGUGAUUUAAUGGCACCAUAUCUUAGGCUCUAAAACUUUUCAAACACUUAACAGAGUCACAGCUGAAGUUGAGCAUAUUUUUUAAGCUGUUUUCUCCCAGACGCUUGUUUGUAUCCGUCUCUGUGUGUCUGCACUCCGUCCUCCUUUACAGACAUUCUGACUUCUGUAAACAAAGUCCAGUGGUCAUACUUUUGCCUCAAUAAGGCAGUGCUCCUCACUUUUUUUUGCCACUGUUAACUCCUUAUUUUCCACCCCGAUGAUUCGUCUGGAGCACUCCAGUAGAGCCACGGUCAAAGUUUAUAUGAGGUUAUGAGCUAAAAAUUUUCACAUGGCAUCAUCCAGAAUCCACUAACAAGAGGAGGAGGGACUCUUCUGAAGGUGACAGAGAUGGAUGAACCAGGACCUGAUGUGUUUCUUUCUUCUUCUCCUCCUCCUCUUUCAUCCCUUUUUGGGUGGUUCGUGUAAGCAAUCUGCACUCUCUCUCCAAACAUGCAUCCUUACGAAGCGCUGCAGUGUGAGGUGUGAUGCAGGGCUGAGCUCCCACAGCUCCCCAGAGAACUUUAAAGGAGGAGCAGGGAGAGGAGCAAGGCGUGCUGACUCCUAAAGAUCACCACAAAACGCACCCUGAAACAGCCAGGUUCACCUGUCAGACAUGGAGUCAAAAACUGAUGGCAAAUCAUCGCUAACCAGCGAAGAACUGGCUGCUAUUGAGGAUGAAGAUGUUCUCAACAAGAUGCUCGACAACACCUCAGAUUUUGAAGAGAGACGGAUGAUCCGUUCUGCAUUAAGGGAUCUCCUGAAGAAAAAAAGAGAAAAACGGGAGCAGGAGCGAGGGUUAAGGCAGCAAAACCUAAGACAGCAAGGUCUGAGCAAAGCGGGAACGACAGGCGGGACCGUUAGCAUAGGAAGGGCAUCCAUGAACCAGCAGCCGCCAAUAAACAAACCAAGCAGCCAGCCAUCUCCAUCAGCAGCUACUCCCUUUAACAGGACAGGAGGCAGCAAGGCCAGUUCUGCUGCUGCUGCUCCUCCUGCUGCGGCACCCAACGCUAAGAAUGUCAAACAGAUGCUUCUGGACUGGUGCAGGGCCAAAACAGAGCCAUAUGAGGGGGUGGACAUUCAGAACUUCUCCUCCAGCUGGAAAGACGGCAUUGCCUUUUGCGCCCUGGUGCACCGCUUCUUCCCUGACGCUUUCGAGUACUCCAUCCUCAACCCCAACAAGCCCAAGGAAAACUUCCAGCUGGCUUUCAACACUGCGGAGAGGUUGGCAGGCUGCCCCCCUCUGCUGGAUGCCGAUGACUUAGUCCGGAUGAACGAGCCCGACUGGAAAUGCGUGUACACAUAUAUCCAGGAGUUUUACCGCUGUCUGGUGGAAAAAGGCCUGGUUAAAACCAAGAAGCGGCCAUAGACUCAGAAACUUCGGGAGUUGCUGUGAUUACAGUUUUUACAAAUAUUACACACAUUACAGCAAGCUGAUGUCAAAAGGGACAAUGUUGUGUGCUUUUUUUCAACUAAAUAUUUACAUCUCGCCUCCGAUCACAUCUGGCUCAUGUAUCACUUGAAUGUGCCAAAUGUGUAGUAUUCAUAUUGGUUUGUGUGUGUUAGCAGGGGCUUGUGGGUGUCUGUGCUCUCAGUGGACAGCUGGCGCUUUGGAUCAGUACAUUCCAGUGAGAUUACACAUGUGUAUUAAUCCCACAGUCACAGGGAGAUUCUGGGAACAACUUUUAUGAUGAUGCUGUUAAGGGCCAGAGAGUGUAAGCACUACAGAUCCAUUUAAUAAAUAUUAGUUCCAUUAUAUGCGUUGUACCCCCUACUGUUAUAUUGAUAAAAAUGGUACUAAAGCAUUUCCCUGAUGCCAUUUUCUCCAGCAGCUGGUGGUGUGCUGGAUACUUUAAUGAACAGCUUACAAUUUGCCUUGACAUGGGGCGUGGAGUUUAAAAGACGUGGGCUGUCUGCGACUCUGACUAUCUCACCUUUAAAAAUUGUGAUCAGAACUUAAUAUAUAUACAUUAGGGCCAUGAAAGGGAAUGAUUGUACAGCCUACAUCUUUACAAACUUCAAAAAACAGAAUUGGGUACACAAGUUUGAAUUUAUUCUGGAUUGUCCCUAAGCCACACAUGAUCAACAAUGUCUUUAAACUUGACAAGUCCAAGGCCUGUUAAUUUCUCAUUAGUGAUCAUGAUUGACUACGACUGGUAGUUUGUCUGGCAGCAUAAAGGAUUUAUUUGAUAGGAUCAAUACUCAGAAUAUUGAGAAAGUCUAAAGAUGGAGAAUUGCCAAUUUGCACAAGUUAGGAAGGUUUUUCUGAGCCAUUUCUAAGCAACUGCAGGUUCCAAGAUCAUCAGUUCAAACAACUGUAUACAAAUAUGAGUUAUUCUGAUAUGUCACCACUUUGCAUAGAUCUGGAAGAAGAUGAGAGGAAGUUGGUCAGCAUUUUCAGGAACAAUCCAGGAACCUCUGAGGCUCAGCCUGCCUGCCAAGCCAUAAACUGGAAACUGCUGAGAAAACCAGCAUCACUAUCCACACUGAAGGGUGUUUUACAUCGCCAUGGAGAUAGAGGAUGCUGACCAAGACAGAAGCCCCUGCUCCAAAAUCAACACCUUCAAGCUUGACUGAAGUCUGCAGAUCCCCACAUGGACAAGGCAAAUGCCUUAUGAAGAAAAAAAUGUAUUAUCAGACAAGACCGAGAUAGAGCUAUUUGACUACAGUGACAAUGGGUGUGUUUGGAGUAAAGGUAAAGCUUCCACACUUACCAGCUUUUAAGCAUGGUGGUGUUAGCAUAAUGCUCUGAGGCUGUUCUGCUGCCAGUCGUACUGGUACGUUGCACAAAGUGGAUGGAAUAUUGAAGGAGAAGAACAACCUCCAAAUAUUUCACCUUCACCUCAAAUCAGCAGGUGGAUCAUUGAACAGUUGAUGGUUCCAACAGCACAGUGAUCCCAAACACAUCAAAACAGGUUUUUGAAUGGAUAACGCAGGCUUAUACUAAGCUUCUGGAGCGACUUUCCCACAGCCCUGAUCUCAACCCUAUUGAAAAUUUGUCGACUAUGCUUAAAAGCCGGGUCCAGUCAAGGAAACCAACUAAUGUAAAUGAACUCUACCAGUUCUGCCAAGAAGAGUGAUGAAAUAUCCAGCCAGAACUGUGGCAGAAGCUUGUUAAGCUUAAGCUUAGCAGCUUGCUGAGAAUCCCUGUACGAAAUAUUAGUGGGGUAUAUAUUUGAAUCUGUGUGGAUCAGAAAAAAUAUAAAAUUAAGUCAAACUUGUGCACCCAAUUCUUGAUUUUUAGAGUCUUUUUCCAUCCAGGAAAAAGAACAGUACAAAGAAAUCAUUAAAAGCCCCAAAUUACCAUGACAUUCAUGCUCAUGCUGAGUGGAUGUAAACUCCUGAUCACAAAUGUUCCCUUUUUCUUGCUGUUAUGUUUCUUAUGAUGCCUCACACUUUAUUUUCUGGAAUCUCUUGUAUGUUCACAAGAGUUUUUCUGAUGUGCAUUUAAAUGCAGUCCAGCACAAUCUGUAGAGUAAUUUUCAUACCAUGCAAAGAAUCAAAAUUAAAGGCUUUAUUAAAUGCUCUUUUAGAGAAAAUGUUGUAUGUAGUCAGUUUGGUUUGAAUGCAUUGUCACUGUAUAGACUGGCCCUACUACUGGCCCAAACAGUAAUAACAGUACUUUUGAGGUAAUAUGUUUUCUGUUGAGACACGGUUGCUUUUUGCAGUUGUUUACUGCGCAAGCUUGUGUGUAUUAAGGAAUAUAAUACAAACGUAAAAAAAAUGCAAAGUCACAAACAUUAUACAUCAAAAUUCUGUUUCUUGAUAGGCUCGACAAAAAAGCUCGGCAUAAACACCAUCAGUUAACGCUUAUUAUUUUGUUCGUUUAAUGGAUUGUUGUGAUGUACAUAAUAUUACAUAAUAUUACCAGCUGCCAGUGC